AUGUACGGUCCGGAACGUACAUCAGCGCUGCGUACAUAUCGGAACAAUGCUCAUGGCCGUCAAAGGAUUAAUACACUCUCAAAUCACAAAUCCCUCAUGGGAUCUUCCAGUCUCAUAAGCUGCCCAGAAUGCGUGAAGUCAGUGGAAGUAAAGUAUAUUGGAGAACAUCUGGAGUUUGUGCAUAAGUAUACCAUAGAAGAACGCAGAAUCAUAUUGGGAUUUCUUGCUAAGGAUCGAGCCACACUGGCAUCAGUUUACCCAUUUAAAUGUGAUGUGUGUUUGGAGAGUUUUCAGACGAAACGGAAACUUAGCUCUCAUCAAAUAGGAGUGCAUAGUCCCAUAGAACCUUCAACAGAGAACGAAUUCGAAUGCGCAUUUGCUGAAUGUGAGCAGAGCUUCGCGACAUCUGAAGACUUCGUAAGUCACUGUGCUAUCAGCCAUUCUGCUGGAUCUCACCAUCGGUUCGAAAUCAUCAACGAGUCAUUCCAGGAUAUGCAAGAGUUACUGGACUGGAAAGCAGAUAUUGAAGAACGGACAUGUACUUCGUUCCGAAUCAGACGCAGUAAUGAUCGCCAUACCACAGAGUUCGAAUGCCAUCGCGCUGGCUCUAUCAUUCCGUCGAAGCCUUCCACUGACGUUAUUUCACCCAAGACACAUUGUACAGCUUUCAUGAAGUGUUGGAUAAGGAAAGAUGGUACUGUGGAAGUCAUCGCGUGUACUGAGCAUCUUGGGCAUGAGAAAGAUCCGAGAAAGUUGCUGCUUAGCGAGAAACAAAAAGACGAACUUCAAGGACUUAGUGCUCCUGAAAUCUUCAAGAAAGUACGAAAGAGAUAUGGCGUUAUGUCUAGAAUGCACUUUGUGACCGAUGCUGACUUGGCGCUACUUUUUGACAGCAAAUAUAUCCAUGAACGAGUUUUUGGAACUCAGAAGAAGAAUUAUACAUGUCCGGAAUGUGACGAGGGGCCGAUGCCCAUUCAGCAGUUACGGAAGCACAUAGGGGAAAUUCAUGGGCGUGUGGCAAAAAUAGCAAAUGCGGCAAUAACGGCAAACGGCAGUGGCAAGAACGGAAGGAAAUGGGAUAACAUAUACUACUCUUGCAAAGAGUGUCAAUUUCUUUGCUUUACCGAAUCAGUUUUGGACACACACGUUAAGGUUAUAGAGAAUGAGGAAGGUGUUUUGGAUUGCAUAGGUUUUUUUGGACAUCUUGGCCAUCAAUCAGAUUGUGGUGUUUCUGCAGAUGUCGUUAAGAAGGAGAUAGAAGCAGAGACGGAUAAAGACGAAACUACUAUUAAAGUGAAAGGUGAUGAAAUUCAACCGUGUUGUCUUUGCGGUAAUGUUACGGUGCCCGAGUUAGAUGGGAUGAUGAUUAUUGAAAAUAAUUGGAGUUGUUGUAAUGUGGGAGAAUGCAAAGCAGUCGCUCAUAAUUUGUGCAUACAACUUCUUGGAGGAACAUGCUUGCAGUGCGAGAGAGGAGUGCUGAUAGAGGCUAAUGCACCUACUGGAGGUGGCUUGGAAAUAGCCAGCUUAUCGUCAUCACCAGCAUCAACAGCAUAUCAGUCGGUGUUACUGUGCACGACAGCGUUUUGUUGGUUAUGGAAUCCAAGUGCCACGUGA